CAUGUCCCUACAGAUGAUAACAUCGUGCGGUUAGUAUUCUGAUACUAAAUUCAGCAUUAUCGAAAUAUCGCGUUCGAGUAAAUGUGGAAAUCCUUUCUUUCUGCAUAGAAAAUUGGAAGUGAAACUUGUGUUAAGAGCAUCGUAAUUUUUACCCUAAUGUGAUUUUAAAAUUAAUUUUCUGGGUAUGUUACCGGUUCUUACGAUUACCAUUCCUGUGAGAACUGGACUAUAAAUUCAAGUCAAAAUUGAUCAAACCGGAUCAAGAAAACGGUUCCAGGUAUAAUCUGAUUCUACCUAACCGCCAAAAACCUCGUCUAAAAUGUGGAUUCUUCUCGUUCUGCUGUCUACUUUCUCUUCAACUUUUUCUGGUGCUAACAAGAAAAGCUGUGGUGGUGUGUAUACUGCUGCGAGAGGAGUCUUAAGUACGCCAAAUUUUCCAGGUCCCUUUAAAGUUCCUAUAAAUUGUGAAUGGGUAAUUGACGCUCAAUUAUCUUCAGCAGCAAAUACUUCGAUUGUUGUCUACUUAACUCAACUUUUUGUUUACGAAGGCUUGACAUUCACAGAAUAUCAAAUUUAUGGUGACGAUUAUAAAAUUAAUCCAAAAAUAAUCCAUACAGUGAACGAGACCAAUAUAAGUGUUACCAGAUGGAUAAAAACUUAUCAAAGCUUUUUGGUAAUACAAUUGAAGUUAUCCUCUGCAGAUAGUGUGCAUUUGAGAGUAUUGGAUAAAUUUUUGAACGUAUUUGGUUUCAACAUUACUUAUGAAAUCACUACAGGGAGCGUAAGAAGUAAUCCUUGUACCAUGAUGGAUUGUGGAUUCACUGGAAAUUGCUAUGACUAUUACACGAAAUUCAGCUGCUCAUGUUUACAAGGAUAUUCAGGACCAACCUGUUCCAAUGGAUCCAAUUCAUUUUGCGAUCCAGGAGGUGUACGUACUUGUAAAAAUGGAGGACGAUGCAUUCAUGUAGGAGUAGCGGCUGUUAGAUGUGCGUGUACCUCAAACUUUACCGGUCCUACCUGCGACACACCUGUAAUUUCAGGGACUACACGAGAUUGUAGCAGAUGUAGAAUAUGUCCAUCUGACGACCGUUUCGAAGCUCAAUGUAAAUGUGUUAACAAGGACAGUGUCAAUAUAUCCCACAUUUCCAAAGGAGAUGUAACAGGAUUCACGACAACAAUACAUUUGACAAAUCUUCAUAAUUUCAGCGAUGAAGAAACGAAACAUUACCUGAAAGAACAGAUUCUACGGUUUCUUCAGCGCAAUUAUUCGUUCGUAGAAGAUAUAGUGAUAAAAAAUAUUGUGCAUUUUAGAAGCGGUACAGACGUAACAUUUCACGUUUCGUCCCUUAGAAAAGACGAGAAAAUGCUGCAGUCGAUUCUGAACAAAUUGGAAGGCAUAGGACAUGUGGGCAAUAUGACAAUUCCCCAGAAAGAAUUUUAUUCAAGAACACAACUGUCUAUACAGAGCCUUGAUAUAAAUCAGCCUGGAUUAAUACGAGAAGAAGAUCAAUUUAUUUUAAGUUGCGUAGCACGUGGAUCCCCAACGAUAAAUUUUCGUUGGUUUAAAGAUGGGAUUUCUAUAAACGUUACUGCUACCAGAAAAUGGUUGAAACUAAUAAAAGAUCCUCAUGUUGCGGAUCAGUAUACAGGACUUUUAGGCAUAGAGAGGGCCCAUCCGUUUGACGAAGGUAUAUUUACCUGUCAGGUAGAAGAUUUUGGUCUGAAAGAAUGCCUUUCCAAGAGGGUCGCCCUGGAAAAAAUACCUUCAGUAAAAAUAGAACCCUUUAGUUUGACAGUGAAAAAGGGAGAAAAUUUCACUAUAAAGUGUAUUACUACGGAUGAAAGCAAAGAUGGUACAAAAUAUAUUUAUAGUUGGACUAAAAAUAAAGAACUUCUACCUGUGAGAACCGAAUUCGAAAAAUAUGAGGUGUUGUUUCCAUCAGGCAGUAUUUUACAAGUUCGAAGUGCAGAUAAAAACGCAGAAUACUCCUGCCUCGUUCAAGGUUCAAAAGUAUCAUCAGAGAAAGUGGUGUCGGUAUAUGUUGUGGACAGAAAGGGCGUAAACACUUGCCGCAUGAGGAUUCAAUUGGAGAUGACCUGGCCUGAAACAGCUGCAGAUACAAUUAGCAUAAUUAACUGCCCUAAAGGUUACACCGGUUUUGCUACUAGAUAUUGUGCACUGAAAGAUAAAAAUAAGCCUGCUUGGGAGAUGCCCAGCUUCUCAGAUUGCACUCAUCACCAACUUGGUCACAUAUAUGAAAAGUUUCAACGCUUAAAAUUGGGUUACGUUUCUACGAGCUUAGAAAAACUUUUAAAUAGCUUAUUAUCUCAUGUUCAAACAGUAAAGUUAUUUCCUGGAGAAGGUGCCAAAGUUUUGAACAUAAUUCAAGAGAUGGUGCAAUAUACGGCGGCUUUAAAACUUUCUUCAUAUGAAUCAAGAAAUAUUACGAACAACUUAUUUCUCAUAAUAGACAAAGUGUUAUCCACUCCUGAAUCAUUGAAUCAACAAACAGAUAUCAGAUCAGCAUUUGAAGUGAUCAAGGAGCAAAUAAGUAUAUUAGGAACUUCAUUACUAGGCUCGAUGUCACCCUCUGUCCGCAUAUCCAUGAACACCAUUGAUGCGACUAUUGUCAAUUUAACAUAUUAUAGGACUAAUAAAUAUUUCCACAUUCCCAAUAACUUGGAUAAAUCACUUACAAAAUGGUUGGGAGUCCAAAUUUCAGCAACGAACAUACUUUCAAACGACGCUACCAUAAGAUUUGCUGCAGGAGUCGUUUUCAGAAACAUUUCAAACUACAUGCCACCUCGCCUUUUUCUUAGAGAUAGAGAUGGUUCAGAGAUAGAAUACGAAAUAUAUUCCCACAUCGUAACGAUAUUUCCAUUACCAGAAUUAUUUGAUAUGUAUCCCAUAGCAAUAGAUUUCAAACAUCAACCGAAUCAAAAACUGAACAAGAGCGUUGAUGAAACUUGGGGUAUAAAAUGCGGUUAUGCUGAUAUGUCAACAUUCACUUAUUCUUGGAAUAUCUACAGCUGCUACAAAGAAGUCUUAAAUGAUAUUAGAACCAGAUGCAUUUGUCCAAAACAUGGAAUAUUCGCUUUAUUAUUAACACUCACUCCCAAGUCUAAAACUGAAGAAUCACUACCCACCGUCUUGAUAUUAGUUAUAGGAUGUGCUCUUGGAAUUGUAUUCACUUCCAUUGCUAUAAUAUGUCUGGCUGUUUCAAGUUUUCUCAAACAAAAAUCCAGUAUCACCAUCUUGAAAUUGCAAUGCUCCAUAUCUGUAUUUGUAUUUGAAGUAGUAUUCACUGCAGCUAUUCUACUAGGACCAACACAGAAAUACUUUUUGUUGAUUCUUGCUGGAUUGGAAGCGAGUAUACUCCUGGGAUUAUCUAGCCAUUUGAGUAAAUUAUUGAUGAUUUUUACCGAACUAAUAGAAUUGCCCAAAUCUAUGACAUCAAAGCAAACUGUUAUUGGAAUUAUUUCAGGAGUUCCAGUAAUUACAGUGUUUGCUAGUCAUUUAUCCUACAAAACUAUGGAUGUUAAAUUGGAAUCAUGGUGGAUUCUUCAAGGAACAUUAUCCUUUAAUAUAUUUAUUUGUGUAACUUUGAUGAUGGCCCUUCUUUUUGCAUUCAUAUAUACGAUUGUAAUGAAAAAACUAGAUAAUCUUAUGAAAAUUAAUGAGAAGUAUGCCAAACCGCUACUUAAAAGGAAACGAUUACUUCGAAGAUCCUGCUAUAUUUUCACAUUUUUAAUACUCUUUUCAAUAAGUAGUAUAAUAUAUAUGAAUAAUCCCAAUAAACUAUGGAGUGUAUUUCAAUUCAGUACAAUAAAUGUAUUAGUGGGGUUAGUGAUUCUCAUUUGCUACGUACUAAAAUCGGAAACUAGGCUCCAGCAGCUGUUUGUGAACAAGAAAAAGACUGAUAACAUAUUUUUCAGCAUCAAUUCUUCAAUAAGCUCACCACUUAAAUUUAUUACCAAACAAGAUGCAGAAAUUGAAAAUGACUCCAAUCCUCAAACAAGACAGGAGACACAACAAUUCACUUUGGUCAGCCGUGAAUCAACAAAGUCGUCCAUAGUAGUGAAAUCUCAGAAUAUUGCAGCCACAUUUGAAAGUUGUUUACAAAAUAAUCCUGCUUGUGAUAGUCAUCUGGAUAAAAUUGUAUCCAAGCAACCAGCAUCGUUGGAGCAUUACAAUUCCAGUCCACAGAGUUCUAGGAGAUAUCCACCAUCUUCGACUUUAUGUUCUCCAGACAUCCUCUCAAACAAAGUUUGUGUGGAGUUGGAUCUAGUGGCCUCAAGUAUUCAAUGUCAAACAAAUCGUAACAUAUUUUCCACUUCCAUACCUUCCCUUAGUCCUGAUAAAACCAUUACGACUCUUUUAGAUUAUCACAUUGAAGCACCUGUACUUGCACGAGGUACAGAAACAUCAUACAAAGAAAGAACUCAACCUGAUGGUCAUGACGAGAGCAUCAUUUGUGAGAAAAAUUUAAGUACGGUAGAAGAAGUUAGUGAGACUGAAACAGAUUCUCCUGAAAUAAGUGAAAAGCUGCUGUCUCCCGAAAAUCAAAAAUGUAAAAACACUAGUACUAAUAGUGGAAAUACUGCUGUUAAAAGUGAUAAUCUUGACGGUAUGUUGGAUAGUAUUAGUCAAGAUUUGGAGUAUUUAUUGAACAAUUCCGAGGAUGUUAAUAUAUCUUCAAUAAAAAGUGCGUCCAAGGGACCAGCUAGUCUGAGACAAGGUGUUAGUAACGUAGUUGAUGAUGAUAACCGAGAUAAUAUAACUAUUAGGAGUAAGUGUUAAUAUAUCUACUUUAUUGUGAAAUGUCUGUGAAAAUCUCUUUGUUAGAUAAGUUAGUUUAAGUCGUAAUUGUAUCGCAUUAUUUUUUGUUAACAAGUUAUAGGUAUGAAAAAAUAAAUUUAUUUAAAUGUACUUCAGAGAGAAAAAAAUUUGGUCAUCAAAAUUUAUUUUAGAGGUUCCACUUUUGCAAGUUAGGAAAUUGAUAAACUUGGGUUUCAAGGUAUGACAUGUCAUUAUUUUCUCACAUAAAUUGGUACGUAUAGUUAACCGAUAAAUAAUCAUAAAAUUUAUUAACAGCGCCGUUAAUGGAAAUCGAGCAGUGCGGGUCUGCGUCGGUUGAGAUACAGAGUAACGUAAGAGGAUGUCUCUAUUUAUAAUUUCAUAUUUUAACUUUAAUAGUACGAACCAUUUUUACUCACUGAAGUACAUGUAUAUCUAGUUUGGUAGUUGACGAGUGUGGCUUAUUAUGAAAAAAAAAAUAAAUUCCGAGCAGGGUACAAAUUAGUCCUAAAAAAUACGUGACACAUUGCUGAAUGAUCAAAAUCGCAAUAAUCUACCUGUAAAAAUAAAUUUUGACACGUGAAAUAAGUAUGUUAAUUGUUGAUAUUGAUUUCAUGGAGUAAAUUUGUGGAAGAAAAUAAAAAAUCAGCAUAUUACAACAAAAGCGUGUUUAUAAUUUCUAAUAGUUCUCAAUUAUUUAUUGCUGAUAUACUUACCAAUAACUUACUUGUGACAUUUGCGACAUUCCUAAAUCUUCUCUCAGAUAAUUGGCUUCUACAUAGUCUACACUGUCCUUAACAGAACUCCAAAGAUUUCUUUAAAAUUUGCUCAUCAAAUUUCAUGCCGCAAUUAAUGUAUACUGAAUUUAUUCCUCAAAUUUACAUUUUUCUCAUUAGAACAUUAAGAGUUCCCUUAUUAUACCAACAUAUAUGUAUGCUUCUACCACAAUUUUCAAAUAUUCCGUUUUGUUCAAUAUGUAGGUGAAAUGUAUGAAUUCAUAUUGAGAUUUAUGAUUUGAAAAUUGAUUUCAAACCUGGAACCAUAAAGUGGGACUGUAGUUAAAAUAAGCACAAGUGACGUCAAAAACCGUCGUAUUUUUUUUUUGUUCAAAUAACACCAAAGCACAAUAAUUAAUUGACCAAUCUUCCUUAGCUUCCACCAAUACUUUUGGUAUAUCAGAUUUGUUAUUCUAAUGAUCUCAACCAUUGUGCAUUUUUUCUAACAAGAAGUGAACCAGUUAUCCCUCGUACAAUUUAGAUUUGUUCCAUAAAUUCCUCCGGUAGGAUCUAGAACAUAUUAUGUACUGCAUAUGUAAUAUGUUUUUGCAUCGCACAUGGUAACCACGUUCAAACUAUACUUUUCGGAUUUGUAAGUAAUGUACAAGACAAUGUUUUAAAAAUCCCAAAUCUCAUCGAAGCCAAAAUAGCUAGUAAAAAAUAUAGAGAAACACCAAGACAAAUAUGGAUUGAUAAUUUGGAAGAAGAUGCUGAGAUAAUGAGGAUAGAAUGAGAAGAAAUAAAAGAGCAAACGAAAUAUAGAAAGGCAUGGAGAGAAAAGAGAUUGUCAGUACACUCAAUCAAACAGCCGUACAUCGUACAGUAAUCACGCUUAGAGUUGAUUAAAAAAAUACGUUCGAUUUCAUCAUUGGUACAUUUGACAAUUAUAUCCAAAAAAAAGCCUGAGAGAAAACGAUGCCAUAUUCCAAUGUAUAGAAUGUGGGCUAGCCAAAUAUCAUUUACUUGCAUCCUUGGAAUACAUCACUUUUUCAGGUCUUCAUAUAUAAAUUGCUCUAAUUUAUAAGGUACGUUUUAGAGGUCUUUGUCUAGAUAAAUUCCAAGAACUGGUUUUUGGGCUCGUCUAAUUUAGGUCUUUGUGGAUCCAUUGCAGUUCAUGAAAUGUUUCAUAUAAAUAAAAUGCUACAAAUAACUACGAAUUUAAUAGAAAUUAACUCAACUUUCUCCAGCGAUUUUUGUACCAUAAAUACAAGGUGGCGUCGUUACGACCUUCCUCAAGAUAAAUCUCUCUCGUUUGAUUUCUACUAGACAACUAAAAGCCAGGAAGUUCCUAAACCGCAUCGCCACGAUCUUCGAGACACGUUCCAAGAUUAAAUUCCAUAUCUCUAUACUGAUGGUUUUUAACCUAGCAUAGUUCAAUCGUGCUGAUCGCUUCUUGCAAAGUCAUUUUUUUUCUAAUGGUGGACUUGAUAAAAAUUGAUUUUACAAGACUUCAAAGGUUAAUGAUGAAUCUUGCUCUAUUCCAUCUCAGAGGAAUGAAGAUCAAGUCUGAGCACUAGAAUAAAACAUUCGAUUCUGAGUUGAAAUCAAAAUAUAAAAAUGGAUUUUGCUAGUUUCAUCAAGAAUAUACGAUAAUUUUCUAGCAUUAUCCAAUGUAAGCUUAUCCAUUAGCAGGUAUGGCAAGAAAUAUCCAAAUAUCCGAUGGUAUUGAUAUGGUUUUGGUAUAAAUAUCACCAACUGUUUUUCUAUGUCAAAUAGUAGUUUGAUGAAACCAAAUUCGAGAUAGAACGUCAAAAAUACUUCUAUACAAAUGGUGUGAAUAUUAUGAAUUGAAUGUACGAAGUUAUGCAACUGAUAAAAUAUUGUUUUGAUAACAACCAAUAAUAUGAACUACCGAAACUGCUUUGUUUGUAGUUAUAACUUUACCUUGUUCGUCCUAUAUUUAAUCAAUUUUAAUUCUAACAGCGCUCUUAGCGUAAGCAAAAAUAAUUUUGCAGCAAAAAAAGCAAAACAAAAAUAAACAACUUUCGUAACCACAAAUGAAUCAAAAAUUCAAUGAAUCCAAGAAUCAACAAACUUCAUAAUUAUGUCACGUGUCAUUUGUAAAUUUUGGUCUUUGAAUCAUAUCUGUGUGUGUGCGUGCGUGCAUGUAAGUGUGUAUAUAUUUUGAAUUUUUAUUUAUCGAAAACUUAUUCGUAAUUAUGUUAACCUAACCUAACAGCGCUAGUGUUUUUAUGGAGUUAUUCAACUACUGCUUUGAAUGCAAUUAAUGUUUGUGGUCUUUUGAAUGAAGUGAAUCUUAUUUAUAAUAUCUGUCAAACAAUUUUAAUUGUAUAUUAUUAAUAAACCAUUAUCUGUGAUUUCAAUAAAUCAUUUUCAAUUA